AUGAAAAGAUUUGAAGAAUUAUUUGGAAAGAAUGGUGUAAUUAAGGAUCAAGUUGCAUAUAUUUAUCCAACAUUUUAUUCAGCAUGUGAUUAUGUAUUUCAUUUCUUAGUUAGAGUUGAACCUUUUACAACAAUGUUUAUUCGAAUGAAUGAAAAUCAUUAUGAUAGACCUGAAAGAAUGUUUUAUUCAAUUGGACAUACUUGGGAUAUUUGUAUGAAUUCAACACAAUGUAAUAUUGAAUUAAUUCCUGAAUUUUUCUAUCUACCAGAUUUCUUAAUUAAUGAAAAUUCAUUUGAAUUUGGAAUAAAUCCAGUAACUCAAACUAUGGUUGACAAUGUUACAUUACCUCCAUGGGCAAAAAAUGCAUAUGAAUUUGUUAAUAUUAAUAGAAGUGCAUUAGAAUCACCAUAUGUUAGUUUAAAUAUUAAUAAAUGGAUAGACUUAAUAUUUGGAUAUAAAAGUUGUGGUGAAGAAGCAAGAAAAGCAGAUAAUUUAUAUCAUCCAUCAUGUUAUAUUGAAAAUUUUAUUAAAGGUGGAGAAGAUGAAGAAUUAUUAAAGAAACGUGCUAUGUUUAGUGGACAAUUACCAGUUCAAUUAUUUACAAAACCACAUCCAACAAGAAAAUUAGCAAUACCAUUAAUGGUUGAUUUAUGUACAAAACGAUGUUAUUGUAAAAGUUUAAUUAUUCCAGAAAGUCCAUGUAUUAGUUCAUGUUUAGAUGAUAAAGGAAUAGUAAUGAUAACAAAAAAUACAAUUUAUAGAACAUUAUAUUCUAUGGAAUAUUGUCAUAAAAAAGGAACAAUUAAAAACAGAAUAUUUGAUCAAAAAUUAUUAUCAAGAAAUAAAAGAUUUGCUAUUUCAAAAUGUUGUGGUGUUAUUCAAAUUAAUAGUGAACUUAAACAAUAUACAUUAAAAUCAAAUGAAGUUACUUCAAUUCUUUUAUUUGAAUAUUUAAAUAAUGAUUAUUUAGCUUUUGGAUGUUCUGAUUCAUUAGUUGGAAUUUGUUGUUUAAAUCAACCACAAGAAGUUCCAAUUUAUUUAAAUGUACAUCUUAAUAAAAUUACUUCAUUGUUCUUUGAUAAUAAUUCUCAUAUGUUAUUUAUUGGUGAUGAUAGUGGAUUAGUAUCAUGUUAUUCAGCAAAUAAUUGGAAAUAUAUUUGGCAUAUUAAAUUAUUAAACAACACUACUGUAUUGUCUAUUAUUACUUAUGAACAAUAUAUUUAUGUUUCAACACCUUCUAUAUUAUAUGCUAUUUCUUUUAAAGGAAAAAUUAUUACAAAAUUAGAUUUUUAUGCUCAAAUACUUGUUAAUUCAUUUAUUCCUGGUACUAUCGCAGCAUUAACUAACAACAAUGUGCUUUGUUUUAUUUCAACAUCAUUACUUAGUUGUUUACCAAUUGAUGUAAAUAUGCCUGAUAUUUCCAAAGAAGAAGUUAUUUCAUUACAUUAUCAUCCUAAUGCAAUCUAUAUUGUAUUAAAAAAUGGAACUUUGUCACGUAUUUCCAUGUCGUUAUUUGAUAACUAG